CUUGUGACAGAUAAGUACAUAAACAGCAUAUUGGCACCAGAAAGACAUCUGUGCCUAGAAAAACGCUUGUGAUAUGUACAUAAAUGACAUUUUAGCUCUAGUCAAGUCCUUGUGGCUUUGAGAGGAAUAUGUGACUGUACUCUUCUCUGUGAAUACUGAAAAGGUGCAUCUUAGAAAGGAGAGUAUUUUAGAGGUUUUUCGGAGAGCUGGGGGAAGAGCUCGGAUGCGGGAAGCCGCCCCGUGCGAACAGCCCGGGUUGCAGCUCCAGCUCUGCCAGGUUGCGGCAGACGGCGGUGGAGUCUUGCCGGGGGGAUCGUGGGCGGCUGCCGCCGGCAGCGCCGGGAGCACGGCCCCCCUCGGGGGGAAGCACCCGGCACCCCCAGAAUCCGAUUCCAUACGUCAGUAUGGGGUCUGCCGUGUGGGGGCGCGGGGAUGGCAAAGGCGAUGCAGCGCCGGGCUGUGUAGGGAAUAAAUUCUUGGCCCAAAGACCAAAAAGUCAGGGGUGAUCCAGGGUCUGGUGGCAUGGGGAGUGCUCCCUGCAGCUCAUAAUGCCUCAGUUUACCCAUUCAUGGUGACAGUUGCCUGCCUUGUAGCUUUAAUGAGUGCUGGAAAUGUUGUUGGGGCCAGGAGACUAUAGUUGAGAGAUCUGCCGUAGUCCCAGGAAAACGUGGAGAAUAUUUGCAUCUAGUCUUAGGUAGGAUAAAGAGAGAAGAUGCAAAAUUGGAGGCACUUUAGUGUUUGCCAUGCAUGCACAGCAGUGAAUAUGGACUUGGCUCACUGAUUUCGGGGCUUGGAGUGAGACUUCCAGAGAUAUUUGAGCCCUGACCUCCUAUGGGAGCGCUUAUGUCCCAGUGAAAUCGCCUCAAGCUGGGAACUGAAACUUAAGGACUGGGUUCAACCAUGUCUUUCCUGAGCUUGCUGCAGGAGGUGCAGGUGCCCCAGCACUCUCCGUUCCUCACCUUCUGCAAUUACAAAUCUCCUGUAGAUUUCAUUUGAUCCAGUAAACCAAAUCCUGAAAGGAAAUGAGUGUCCAAAACGGCCGUUGCCUCCAGGUCCGUCGGGACUCACCUGGGCUGGAUCAUGAAAUGGUAGCUGCACCUGCGUGAAAACCCUCUGGGAUGUGGCCUUAACGCGCACAUCGGGGUGGUCGCUGCUGUUCACCAGCUUGCCUACGGUGAAAAUGGCAUCACUCAUUUGGGUCUGACAUAAGGAGGAAAGAAGCAGGAAAAUAUUCCUCGAUGUAAAUCAGGAUGGGUCCUUGGACUUCGCUAGAGCCUGUCGGCUGACGUGACCUGAGGACACGGCUCGCCGCGUGGGCGGGGGUCUCACACCUCCAACGUGGUGGAUGGAACCGCGGUGGUGGGUGAGCUGUUACUUGCCUGAAAAAAAAAGUGUUCAGAAGGAAAAUUGUCUCCAGUCAUUCUCAUUUUGCAUGUGAUUUUCCCUACAUAUGUUUCUAAUCAUUAAGAAAUUCUGUAGCUUAAAUAAUGCUCUGAAAGUACGGUAACUGUUGGACUACAUUCUGUUGUAACCUUAUUGAAUUUCACUUCUCUGGAAAAAAUAAUGGGAUACUAUAUCUUGAAAAACAAAUGGUAAUUGCAUUUUUAACAGAAUGUUUCUCUUUGUGUUUCAAAACCUUCUGCACACAGUUAGACAUCUAGCCAGGGAAGAAGGUACAAAGCAUAUGGGCCAAUUUCUGUCUGUUGGCUGUUCAAGAUGCCUUAAUAUUCGAGCAGUGAUGUGCGUGUGUCCAUGCAAUAUGGCACAAUUUAUCUACCCAGUCUCCAUGAGCUCAGGUGAGGUGAUCAAAAAGUUGUGUACUGUGGUCAGAAAAGGUAUUUCAAGGAGGAAUUGGGGAAGGUGGGUUUACAUCCCGCUCCCUAUUAGACGUGUGGGGGUACAUCCUAUCUCAUAUUAAUUCACAUUUUGGUAUUUGGACCACAGCAGACCAAAGUUCCUGUGUUUGUGGUGAUGGCCAGAGGCAGAGGUACAUCUUCCAGGAGACCAGGAUCUCACAGCUAAGGGUCUCGUCGAGACUGCAAAAAUAGGAAUUGUCCGACGCUUGCACUGCCCAUGCGCCGCAGCAAUAUGACUUCCUCAGUGCUUCGGGGAUUUGCACAUCACCACGUGCUGGGAACAGAUUUGAUUAAAGCCUGGGACCCAAACCAGCAUCAUCGCAAUGCAGUUUGGUAACAGGCUGGUGUUACUGCCUACUGAGGUUAGGAGAGCCCUGGUAAUACUGGAAUGCUCUUCCCUAAUUUUUAGUAAAGCUGGCGUGUUAAGAACUUUGUGGAGAGGUACAUUUGGACAUGUGAAGCUUCAAGGCAAAGUAAUAGGCUUGAGGUUUCUGACUGACAAGACACAUGUGAGUACAUGCGAAAUGUGCUUCUCCUGCUAAAAAUAACAUUUCUCCUGUCAACCACGAUGCAUCCACCCCCACAACACCACCCAGAAGAACACAUUAACACCUUGGCUUUGCACGUAGCCCAAUUCACAGCAGCCACAAGUGGUAGAGGGAUCUGCACUCUGUGUGCAUGCUGACAAAUCAUAUGGCAUAGCGAAGAACAGAGGAGUGAAACUGGGCUAGCAGAAGUUGACGCCUUAUCAUCACAGUCCCUUUGAGCAUGCUGUAGGCUGACACCUCCACCAACCGAGUCAUCUCCCCGAUGCCAGGAUGAAGAGCACAAGCCCACUAUCCUGAUUUAGCCUCUGUCUUUUCUUACUCCUGUUUGAGCAAAUAUAACACCAGCACCAAGUCCCUUCCUGGGAUGAAAAUCUGUGAGUUCAUCAGCCAAGAUGGAGCUUCGGUUUUGGCCUGAUUUUGUUUCUUUCUUGGAAAAGCUGAACGGGCAGACUGUUUUGGUGGUUCUGGUCACGUUUCUUUUGAUUAUUGACCUUGUGAAAAAGAGACGUCCCAAGAAUUUCCCUCCAGGGCCACGGCUCUUUCCUCUCGUGGGAACCUUUGUGGACUUUAAGCAGCCCCUCCAUCUUGAGCUGCAGAAGCUUACUGGUCGGUACGGGAACAUCUUCAGCGUGCAGUUUGGAAGUCUGACUUUUGUGGUAGUCAACGGAUACCAAAUGGUGAGAGAAGCGCUUGUCCACCAGGCUGAAAUAUUUGUAGAUCGGCCAAAUAUUCCACUUCUCCAAGAAAUAUUUAGAGGCUUUGGGCUCAUAUCAUCAAACGGGCAUAUCUGGAGGCAACAGAGAAAGUUUGCUGCAGCAACUCUGAAAAGCAUUGCUGUAAGUUUUGAGGAAAAAGUGCAAGAGGAGAGCCGGUACCUUGUGGAGACGAUCGAGGAGGAGAAAGGACAACCAUUUGACCCUCAUUACAAAAUUAACAGUGCUGUUUCGAACAUCAUCUGUUCCAUAACUUUUGGGAACCGCUUUGACUACCAUGACAACCGUUUCCAGGAAUUACUGCAUUCACUGGCAGAAAUGCUGCUGCUCAUGGGAAGUUUCUGGGGCCAGCUGUAUAAUGCUUUUCCUUUGAUCAUGAGAUGGCUACCAGGACCCUUUAGGAAAAUCUUCAGGCACCAGGAGAAACUUCAAUAUUUUUUGAAGGGAGUGAUCGCAAAGCACAAGGAGGAUUUGGACCAGUCCGAGGCAGGAGAUUAUAUUGACUGUUACCUGAAGGAAAUAGAAAAAUUUAAGGGUGACACCAGCUCAUAUUUCCAUGAGGAAAACCUGCUGUGCUCCACUCUGGACCUCUUCUUAACGGGGACUGAGACAACAGCAACCGCCAUCCGCUGGGCUCUGCUCUACAUGGCUGCGUACCCCCACAUUCAAGAGAAAGUGCAGCUCGAAAUCGACACAGUGAUCGGCCAGUCCCGCCAGCCCACCAUGGCCGACAAGGAGAACAUGCCAUACACCAGCGCGGUGCUGAGUGAGGUCCUGCGGAUGGGCAACGUUGUGCCGCUGGGAGUGCCCAAGAUGUCCACCAGCGACACCAUCUUGGCAGGCUUCCACCUGCCCAAAGGCACCACCCUGAUGACCAGCCUGACUUCGAUAAUGUUCGACAAAAACGUGUGGGAGACUCCAGACACCUUUAAUCCUGAACAUUUCCUGGAAAACGGCCAGUACAGGAGGCGGGAGGCUUUUCUGCCCUUCUCUGCAGGCAAGCGGGCUUGUCCCGGGGAGCAGCUCGCCAGGACCGAGCUCUUCAUCUUCUUCACAGCCCUCCUGCAGAAGUUCACCUUCCAGGUGCCGGCGGCCACCACCCUGACCUUCGCCUUCACACUCAGCCUCACGCGCUGCCCAAAGCCCUUCCAGAUCCAAGCGCUGCCUCGCGACUGAGGCUGGCGUAGGGCCACCCCGCACCCCACAGCUUCAGCCCUCCUCAAGCCAGAAAGUGUCCCUUCUCCCAUCUGCCCCGCAGAUUUUGGGCUAAAAUGAUGGGGCAUCUAGCACCCACCAACACGCAGGUGGCAGCGGAAAGGGCAGGAGGGCCACAUCCUGCACACUGCAAUGAGGACAACCCCUGGGGCUCUUCCUUUCACCUCCUGCCUCCUCCCUCUAUCAGUUUGACAAAAUGCAUGAAUUUAAAAGCCUUAUUACUUCAUUUCCACUGUUAACACCUCCCAGUAAGGUGUCUUCCAGCUGAAAAACCAUGGGCAUAGUUGGGGCCACAGUGGUUCUUCCACAGGGGAUACGUCCACCACUCAGAGACCGUUACACAACCUUUACAUCUGCAGCACCCUGAAUGGCCACGGGCUGGUGUUUUCUGAGGUCUCCCUGGUCAGUGGAGCAGCUGGCCUUGGACGUAGAAGCUCUGGGUUCAUGUCUCAGCGCCAGUUUGGACUUCCAGGGGGCCAAGGCCAAUCCUGAGGUUCAGGUGGCCUUGGCCUUUGUUUCGUAUGCGUUCCCCGCUUUACCCCACACCACCGUGUUGCUGUUUUGC